GACUGAUAUUCUCACUGUGUGCGUUGUAAAACUAAGUUUUUGUUUCCGUUGUUUUCUUUUUUGUAUGUUUAAUAAUAUGUUGUCUUUUUAUUUCCAUUCUUGUAGUAACUCUCCACGCGACUGUGACUAGUGGUGAGUUAGAAUAGCCGAGAUAUUCUUGUAUAUUUUUUUUGAUAUUAUUUGGUUGUUGUUUUGUUUUUGUAUUUUAUUUUUUGACUAUUUUAAUUUUGUUUUGUGAACUCUAUGAGUUGUAUCAGUUUAGAUGAUAGUUUCUUUUCAUACACCUCAUCAUCUGAUAGGUUCCUGACCACUGACCUCUAUAUUUCCUGACCCUUGGCAAUCGGUCAUUAAAUUCCCAAAAAAAAAAAAACUGAGUAGUCUGUGGCACAGAGUACUUUUUGUAUUAUGGCGGUAGUCUAGUCUGUGUAUUUAUUUAUUUCUACCGGCUAUUUGAGCUAUUUCCCAAGUAAUUACUGUACUUUGUGUUUCCCAUAACGUAUCCUAUAUCCGGAAAAAUCUGUUUAGGAAGGGCCUAAAAAAACACGAUCGUAGAUUAUUUUGGUACAUUAACAGCGAGACUUCAACUGUUGACUCUAAUUUGUAAGUUUGAAUACGAUGGAUGACGAAUUGAAAGAGUUGAAGUCGUUGUUGCGGUCGCUGGUGGUGUCGAGCCGGACUCAGAUGGACGUCCGCACCUUGAUGCGCGACUACCGGAACAUGGUGGGCUCGCCCAUGCCGCUCGCCAAGUAUGGCCACACAGACCCCGUGGCUUUCCUGAAAGAGCACUUCGAUGAUUGUUUCGAGAUGACGGGGCCAUCGUCUAACCCAGUACUCACUCUGAUUGUACCAGGCUCAUUAAAACACAUCGAUCAGUUAAUACGGAGACAGAAAGCCUUACCUUCUACUGCUAAAUUCCACAGAAAUCCAAUGAUUCCAGAAUCUGCAGUGAAUAAACAAAAUCCCAUUUUAAAGACAUUUGUCAAAGACACACAAGCUGUCCUCAAAGAACCUGAACCAUCAGUGGUGGAACCUCCUGAUGUUGUUGCUGACGCCAGCCACAACAAACAGAAUGUUAUCAAUCAUCAAGUCACCAGUAUGGAUUUCAGGAACUCCCUCCAGAAACGCCUUGCACUUUACAGAAGACUACGUAACGUAGAAGAGCCUUCUGCAGAGAGAGAAGUAACAACAUCUCCGUGUCAAAAUGAUGAUUCAGGAAACCAGACAUCAUCCAGUAGCGGCGACACCAGGGUUCUAGAGCUAGAGGAGCUGAAGUCGGAGAUCAUGGAGCUGAUCAGAGCAGCUCCGUGCGGCUUGUGGUGCGCCGACCUGUUACGUCUCUACAGGAAUCGCUUCGACCGCGAAAUGAACUUCACACGGUUCGGAUACAUGAGCCUGAUCGAGGUGGUGUCCACGAUGGUGGCUCGCGUGGUGAUCAUGCGGCCCGAGGUCGACGGCGACUGGUACCUGCGGAAGCGUGGCUUCGGGCAGCUGCCGCCCCCGCUCCGCCCCGCCCGCGCCUCGCCGCCGCCGGACCCCGACGAUGCGCUGCCCGGCAUCGACUAUGACGCGGACGUGUUCCCGGCGGACUGCCUGCACUUCACGGAGAGCAUCCCGACGCAGUCGCUGAGCGACGUGCUCCCCGGCGCCAUGGUGGAGGUCACCGUGAGCGAGGUGUACUCGCCCUCGCACUUUUGGCUCUUCCGCCUCGGCAACCAGUACCACAUCGCCAUGGAUAACAUGAUGGACGCGAUGACGGAGUACUACAACGGGGAGGGCCGCUCGCGGUGGCUGGCGCGCGGCGCCGUGCGCGUGGGGCAAUACUGCAGCUCGCUGUACGAGGGUGACUGGCACCGCUCGCUCAUCGUCAAGAUCCUCGACAGCGACACCGUCAAGGUGCGGCACGUGGACUACGGCACGGUGGACAAGGUGGCGGUGAACGCGCUGCGGCCGCUGCGGCGCGAGUAUGCGCGGCUGCCGGCGCAGGCGGUGCGCGCGCGGCUGGCGGGGCUGCGCCCCUGCGCGGGCGGGCAGCGCUGGCCGCCCUCGGCCGCCGUCGCCUUCCUGCGCCUCGUGACGGACAGGCCGCUGGUCGCCAACAUCGUCGCCGUCGACAGAGAGGAGGACAUAAUCGAGACCCUGCUAAUCGAAACGUCGACUGCGGUGGACCGCAACCUGAGCGCCGAGCUGAUCCGCACCGGACACGCGGACAAGCGGCCCGACUCCGCGCUGCGGUCGGCGGAGAGCUACCUGAAGCCGAGCUUCGAGGCGCUGGAGACCGGCGCCACGCCCAACCUGGGGGAGAUACACGAGUACCUGCGCGACGGCAUCCUCCUCGAGUGCGUGGCCGCGUACCGGCAGCACGUGCUCGCCUGCGUGCCGGCCUCCGACUCCUCCGCCAGCGACCACCCGCCCGAUGCCUCCCUUCCUCCGCCUUCGUCGCCAACUGAGCUCUCCUCACCCCAGGUCACGUCUCAGAGACCUCUAUGUCCGCCGGCCGCACCGCCCGCCUUGUCGCCCAAACACUCAGGGCCCUCCGAGGCAAAGGCGCAAAGGCAGACAGAGUGCCGGCCGCGGUCAAUAGUACACCCGCAGCUGGCGGGCCCUCACACGACGCCCGGCAUGGUGUCGCCGGCCCAGCCGGGCCCAUACAUGCCGCGCGGCGUGGUGUCUCCGGCCCAGCGGGGCCCGUACUGGCCGCCCGGCGCGGUGGCGCCGGCCCAGCCGGGUCAGCGGGGCCCGUACGGGCCACCCGGCGCGGUGGCGCCGGCCCAGCCGGGCCCGUACAUGCCGCGCUGCAUGGUGUCGCCGGCCCAGCCGAGCCCGUACAGGCCGCCCGGCGUGGUGGCGCCGGCCCAGCCGAGCCCGUACGCGCUGCCCGGCGAGAUGGCGCCGGCCCAGCCGGACCCGUACGGGCCGCCCGGCGAGAUGGCGCCGGCACAGCCGGGCCCGUACUGGCCCCCUGGCGAGGUGGCGCCGGCCCAGCCGGGCCCGUACGGGCCGCCCGGCGAGAUGGCGCCGGCACAGCCGGGCCCGUACUGGCCCCCUGGCGAGGUGGCGCCGGCCCAGCCGGGCCCGUACGGGCCGCCCGGCGAGGUGGCGCCGGCCCAGCCGGGCCCGUACGGGCCGCCCGGCGAGGUGGCGCCGGCCCAGCCGGGCCCAUACGGGCCGCCCGGCGUGGUGACGCUGAGCCGGGCCGAGUGCGACAAGUACUUCAGGCUGCUGUAUGAGAACCCGAUGGCCGCGCACUGGUACAUGGUGCGCGUGCUUGACUUCGCAAUGCGCCGCUGUUCCCAUUCCCACCACCCAGGAUUUAAUAAUAAUAAUUAAAGGAGCAGGGCUUCAUCAGCUUCGUGAAGGACCCUCGCACGCUUGAGAUAACAGAUGUGAUGCUCAGCAUAGAAAGAUUUGGCACCGAUCACAAACCACAUGAACUAAGCGAAUAUGAUUUGUUUAAGUAGAUUUAGGAAUUGACGUUUUGAUUUGCUACAGCUAGGACUGCCACCUUUUUUUUGAACAUGGUUUUUUGAUUACAUUUAUGUUUUUUGAUAAAACUUAGGUGCUACAGUUGUAUACUUUAUGAUAAAUAGGAUACAUCUACCUCUAGUCGCAUGAGUGCGGCUGCACGUAGCUUUAGCCGGCUAGACCUACGUGUAGCCACUCUUCGGCCUUUAGCCACAUAAGGAUAAGGGAAGGUUCAUAUCUGACGGAACUUCGCGUCGCGUUAAAACACACAAAUAUGCGAUAAAGCAUUCGAUCAUUAAUCAACGAUUUCCCGAUGACGCUCGACGCAUUUACCGUCAGGUAUGAACCAAGGUUUAUCUGUUUAAGAGCGUGUACGCUCGGCGCGCGAUGUCAACUUUAGGUAAUUCAACGCAAAAAACCGCGCAGACUAGCGUCGCGGCUGUGUGCGUGCCUAUCAUACUUCACGUAUAGUCACACAAACCAUUUUGAUCCUUUCGAGUGAAAUUGGUAGAACAAAAAAUAUAUUAUUUAGUAAAUAGUUAAUAGCGGGAAAAUAGUGUAAGUCUAUGGAUGUCUAAAAUAUAAAAGCAUGAAAAUAAGUCGUUAAUACUUACACUCUUUUGCAAAAAAAUCGGGCACCUAUGAAAACCUUGGUUUUGAGCACUUUCUAUAUAUUACAUACAAUUUUCAACAGUACUAAAUAGUCGACUGAUGAUUAAUGACAAUGUUAAGAGUUUCUGUAUUUUAACCGAUUUCAAAAAAAGAAAGGAGGAGGUUUCAAUUAGAUUGUUUUGUGAUUGUUCUCGAUUUCUCAAAGACGCCUGGACCGAUUUGAAAAAUUGAUUGUUUAUAUGAAUGGUCCAGUCCAUCCAGACCGAAAAAUUGUGGUCAAAUAACAACAAUUGCCGGAAAGCCAAAUAUUGGUGAAGAGCUUGGGUUUACCAUUGCAAAUAAAGUUUUAAGUUAUCUAUCCUAUAUGCUUCAUAAGUUAUUCGAGAUCAAAAGUCAAAAUUUGGGUACAUCCAAAAUGAAAAAAAAAAAAUUAUAGCUCGAUUGGUAACAGACAUCUUCAAUAAGUGAUUUCUAGCCUAAGGAGUCCGCCAUAUUGGAUUUAGACUCGCGACACAUUUUUUUUCGAGUUAUUCAUAGCAAGCCCUUUCAUUUGAUAC